AUGGGAAGGAGAGGACGCCCUUUAAAGGAGAACGACAAGCCAUUCACUGGAGAGUCUACACUCUCUAUUCACGUGGGGAAAAGUGCUAGCACAGCACAGAGUCAAAGUGCGGCUAUAGCGAGACAAGGAUUUCGGUCUACACCACACUUGAAACAAAGAGGCAAAGUGUUGGAAGACUAUAAUCUACAACAGCGUGGGAAGAAGAUACACCAAGAGAUGUGUCAGGUUUUAAGAAAAAAGGAGUUGGAUUCAUCUCCAAUCACCGAACUUAUGAGUGAUCCGGCUAACUAUGAGCCAUCUUCACCAUUGACUAUGAAUAUGAGUAUGGAUAUGAAUAUGAUGGGCACUCACACAUUUCCUACUUCAUCCCCGACCAAGGGUUACGAGAAGGCCGAGUAUCUGUCACUCUCAAAUGCGUUUCCAUUGUCUCCAAAGAAGAGCAACGUCUGCGAGACUGCUCUUUGUAGAAAUAAUACCUUUGACCCCCUGGAGUUGUCGCCAAGAUUCAAACUAAAUACAAGUACAAGCGCAAGCUCAGAGGCCAACUUAUAUUCCAAUAGGGUUACAAAGCCAAAACCUAGAAUAAAACGACAAUUCCAUUAUAUUAUGUUCCCCUUUGAAUAUCGAAUUACACUCCAUCUAGAUACCAAUGGUAGAGCCAACAUCCAUGCAAGAGUACUUGAACGAAAUAUACAACACCAUGAACUUUGCUAUCAGAAUAACCACCGCAGAAAGGACAGUCCAUAUUAUUUCCUAAGAGAGGAUCCAUUUUUACCACAGUAUGUGAAUCCCCACAAUGUAUUUUUCUCAUCUCCUUUAACAUUAUCACCGAAUGUUCAAGAUAACUACACCGGUGAGAAUUCCUCCAUGCUGAAAAUUAAGCCAGUGAACAUUGAAGGUAAUAAUGCCUUGCUAGACAUGGAGAAACUAGUGACAGAUAUGCAUAGUAGCUGA